CUUUUCUAGUCUUUCAUAAGAGAGAAUUUAUCAAAGUCAGUUUAAGGAAUUAUGGAUUGCCGAUUUGAGACUGCAGAAACUCGAAGGAACAAGUGUGCAGCCUGCUACAGGCAGUUCAACAAGGUGGAGCACCUAGUGGAUCACAUGAAGAUAUCUUACCAUUCUGCUCAUGAACCAACUUGUGGCGUUUGCAGGAAACAUUGCAGAUCCUUUGAGUCUUUAAGGGAACAUCUUAUAGGUCCAUUGCCAAAACAAGAAUGCAGAGAAAUCUUUGCCAACCGAGGGUGCAAGUUUUGCUUGAAAGUCCUUGAUAGCCCUAACUCUCGCAGGAUCCAUCAACAAAAGUGCCAACUCAAUGGAUUAAAUGGAAUAUGUGGUCGCUUUUCAAACUUGGGAAUUCGCGAUAAUUUGACAAUUGGUGGGGGAAGAGGACCACAAGUAGUUGCACUAGCUUGUAAAAUGGUGGGAGGAGGAAGUGAUGGUUCAUUGGAUCUAUGUGCAAGAGUUUGCUUAAUAGAUGAGAAUGAGAACAUCAUCUUCCAUUCUUAUGUCACUCCACCAAUUCCAGUCACAAACUACAGGUAUGAGACAACAGGUAUAAGACAUGAAUACUUAAGGGAUGCAAUGCCAUUGAAACUAGUUCAAAGGAAAAUUCAAGAGUUCCUUUGCAAUGGAGAACCCAUGUGGACAAUUCGUUCAAGAGGAGGAAAAGCUAGGAUUCUUGUGGGUCAUGGUUUAGAUCAUGACCUUGCUUCUUUGCAAAUUGAGUAUCCAACACCAAAAAUAAGGGACACUGCAAAAUACCCUCCACUCAUGAAAACAAGCAAACUCAGCAAUUCACUCAAAUACUUAACACAAGCAUAUCUUGGAUAUGACAUUCAAACAGGGAUACAAGAUCCUUAUGAUGAUUGUGUUGCAGCAAUGAGACUAUACAUGAGAAUGAGGACACAAAUACACAAAAUAGAAGAUUACCCUUUGGCAUCUGAUCGACAAAAUAGAAACAAUUUUGCUUCAUGGAGGCAAAGUGAGCUUGAAAGAAUGAGUCCUGAACAAAUGCUAGAUAUCUCAAGAUCUGAUUACUACUGCUGGUGCAUGGAUCCAUGAAUUAGUUAUUACCAGUUCAUCAUGGAGGAGUUCAUAAGUUCUAUAUAUUAGUAAUUUAUCAUAUGCAUUAUUAAUAUUAAUAAUAUAUAGUAAAAGUAAAAAAUAAAUAUACCAAGUUGAUGGUGUCUUUUAUACUAGAAAAAUAGUUUAUAUCAUUGUACCAAAAAUAAAAAAAACUUAUAGGAUAAUAUGAGUCAAUUUAUGUGGUAGCUUAGUUAGUGCUUAAUUUCUAGUGAAUUCAUCUUAUGCAUGUAUGGCUCUAUUUAAUGAAGAGAAUAUAAUUCU